UGGAUAAUGCCACCAGCGCCAAGGACAGCAAACACCCAGCAGGGCCAAGAACCCAGACUGGAGCUGGUUCUGAAUCGGUUCUUUUUUGGAGACGACAGGAUUUUCCUCAGGGCAUGGACAGAAAAAGGGGUAGGCGUGGGCUUCGGGGUGGGGGUCAGGCUGUGUGUGGGAACCAGCAGCUCCUCCAAGAGCAGCACUUAUUUUUAGUCUUCUCCCCAGUCCCAAAUAAACCGAGAGCAGCUGGGAGCCUGUGGGUAAAUGCAGAGUGGAGCAGAGACAGGAAAUCGGGGUCUCUCGGUAAUGAGUUCCAGCCACUCCAGAAAGGGGAAGCCAGACGAGGAAUUUUCUUCAGAACUGUUUCCCUCUGGCAGGCUCUGGUAUUAUCACCAAAGGAAUGUUCGUGUGUGUGUGUGUGUGUGUGUGUGUGUGUGUGUGUGUGUGUGUGUGUUUACAACUCCUGUCCAAGUCUUUCUUUUUUCCCUACAUUUUUGUUAGGUUUGAUUGCUCCACAGGCUCUGCAUCCCAGCGCUGGUGCCCCGUGUGUGUCUGUGGGGGCGGUGGGGGAGGAUUCUGGAGCAGCAAGGUCUGGGCUGAGCCCUUGUGUAUCUGAAACUGUUUAGGCAAAGGCUGGAGGACACAGGCCAGGGAAGUGGGGAAACUUGAACAUAGCUUGAUGUUCCUGAGGGGGAGAGGGCAGUGGCAAGGAAGAGGAGAGAACUUGGUCUCCAGCCAGAAAAAGGGCUUUUCAACCAAGGAAUCUAACUGCUGACAUGGGUGCCCAGCAUGGAUGGGGACAUUGAUGUUUACAAGCAUUUUGCGUGGCUGAAGAGGUCCCAGGUAAACCACCAUGGUGCUGCUAGUAAUGAAACAUACCAGGAACGCUUGGCACGUCUAGAAGGAGAUAAGGAGUCCCUCAUAUUACAGGUGAGUGUCCUCACAGACCAAGUGGAAGCCCAAGGAGAGAAAAUUCGGGACCUGGAGGUAUGUCUGGAAGGACACCAGGUGAAACUCAAUGCUGCUGAAGAGAUGCUUCAACAGGAGCUGCUAAGUCGCACAUCUCUUGAGACUCAGAAGCUCGAUCUGAUGACUGAAGUGUCUGAGCUGAAGCUCAAGCUGGUUGGCAUGGAGAAGGAGCAGAGAGAACAGGAGGAGAAGCAGAGAAAAGCAGAGGAGUUACUGCAAGAACUCAGGCACCUCAAAAUCAAGGUAGAAGAGUUGGAAAAUGAACGGAAUCAGUAUGAGUGGAAGCUGAAGGCCACUAAGGCUGAGGUAGCCCAGCUGCAAGAGCAGGUGGCCCUGAAGGAUGCAGAAAUUGAGCGUCUGCACAGCCAGCUUUCCCGGGCUGCAGCUCUCCAUGGUGACCAUGCAGAGAAAGACCAAGAAAUUCAACGUCUGAAAAUGGGGAUGGAAACUUUGCUUGUUGCCAAUGAAGAUAAGGACCGUCGGAUAGAGGAGCUCACGGGGCUGUUAAACCAGUACCGAAGGGUAAAGGAGAUUGUGAGGGCGACUCAAGGGCCUUCAGAAAGAAGUCUCUCAAUCAAUGAGGAAGAACUGGAGGGAAGUUUCAGGAAGUGGCACACUACAAAUAAAGGCCCCGAAGACUUAUUUAGACCAGAGAUGCCUCCAAGAUGUAGCUCUCCCAUAGUGGGGCCGCCUCCACUGCCACAGAAAUCACUAGAAACCAGGGCUCAGAAAAAACUCUCCUGUAGUCUAGAAGACUUGAGAAGUGAAUCUGUGGAGAAGUGUGUCGAUGGGAACCAACUCUCCCCGGAGGGAGACCCCAAGGACAGCCCUUUCCUGGCAGAGCACAAAUACCCGACAUUACCUGGGAAGAUUUCAGGAGCCAUGCCCAAUGGAGAGGCUGCCAAAUCUACUCCCACUGCCUCCCAGCCUGACCCUGCAGGGAGCAGCCUGCUGCGGCUGAGAGACACAGAAAGUGGUUGGGACGACACUGCUAUGGCCAAUGACCUCUCAUCCACAUCAUCUGGUACUGAGUCGGGCCCCCAGUCUCCCCUGACACCAGAUGGUAAACGGAGCCCCAAAGGCAUCAGGAAAUUCUGGGGCAAGAUCCGAAGAACUCAGUCAGGAAAUUUCAACACCGAUGCACCGGGGAUGGCAGAGUUUCGACGAGGUGGCCUCCGAGCGACUGCAGGGCCCAGGCUCUCUCGGACCAGGGACCCCAAGGGUCAGAAAAGUGAUGUCAAUGCCCCCUUUGCCCAGUGGAGCACAGACCGAGUGUGUGCGUGGCUGGAGGACUUCGGCCUGGCUCAGUACGUGAUCUUUGCCAGGCAGUGGGUGACUUCUGGUCACACUUUGCUGACAGCUACCCCUCAGGACAUGGAAAAGGAGCUAGGAAUUAAGCACCCUCUUCACAGGAAGAAGCUGGUUUUAGCAGUGAAAGCCAUCAACACCAAGCAGGAGGAGAAGUCUGCACUGCUAGACCACAUUUGGGUGACACGUUGGCUUGAUGAUAUUGGCCUGCCCCAAUACAAAGACCAAUUUCAUGAAUCCAGAGUUGAUGGACGCAUGCUGCAAUACCUAACUGUGAAUGACCUACUCUUCUUAAAAGUCACCAGCCAACUACAUCAUCUCAGCAUCAAAUGUGCCAUUCAUGUGCUGCAUGUCAACAAGUUCAACCCCCACUGCCUGCACCGGCGGCCGGCUGAUGAGACUAACCUUUCUCCUUCAGAAGUUGUGCAGUGGUCCAACCACAGGGUAAUGGAGUGGUUACGAUCUGUGGACCUAGCAGAGUAUGCGCCCAACCUGCGUGGGAGUGGCGUCCAUGGAGGUCUCAUUAUCCUGGAGCCACGCUUCACCGGGGACACUCUGGCUAUGCUUCUCAAUAUCCCACCACAAAAGACGCUCCUCAGACGUCACCUAACUACCAAAUUCAGUGCCCUGAUUGGUCCUGAAGCUGAACAGGAAAAGCGAGAUAAAAUGGCUUCACCAGCAUACACACCACUGACUACCACAGCCAAAGUCCGGCCAAGGAAACUAGGAUUUUCACAUUUUGGAAACAUAAGAAAAAAGAAGUUCGAUGAAUCAACGGACUACAUUUGCCCGAUGGAGUCCAGUGACAGUGUCAGUGACAGUCACAGGGUUUACAGUGGCUGCCGGGGCCUCAGCCCCCUUGAUGCCUCUGAAGUGGAUGGGCUGGACCAGGUGGGACAGACUAGCUGAUGCCCUUGUCACCUGUCUUCUCUGUGCACCCUCAGAGCUCACAGUAACACCGUGUGUGUCACCGUAUAACUGCAUCUCACCCCCGCCUGUGUGCAUGACUCACAGAGAACAAUCCAGCAAUUGCGUACCACUGGGCCAGUCUCUCUUCGAGCCCUAAGGGUGGCCAGGGUAUGGAGUUGCACCUUUGCUGAGGGGCCAGGCUUUGGGGACUAUUGCCAAAGGUGGACUCAGGAGGAAAGACACUUAAGAUGCUUGUACAUUUUUAGUCAUUCUUAAUGUCCAUCUUCAGCACGAGUGGAAACACACGAGCUCGGACACAAGUCCAGAGACCACGGACAAUCGUCAGAGGCUCAGCUCUCAGGCCCCUCCACUGUGCUUCAGUUAAAGGGCAAUCUCAAGUGCCUUCGGCCACGGUGCCUUGGUUGAGAUCAAAGGGACAGCAGCAGGGUUUUCUGCCGCAGUGACAAUGUCACUGUGUUGUGCCUUACUACAGAGGUGGCUGCUUCUUUCUGGUAAUAAAAACAAUAUUUAUGUAGAAAGCAAA